AUGGAGGUGAUUGAUUUUUCGGAGACGGAGAUGGAAGCAGCGGAGCAGCUAGUGCAAUUGAGCGAGGACGAUACGUUGAGCUGUAGCAGCGGUACAGGCUUGAGCGGCAGCGGUUGUGAAGGCGGAGGAGUCCAUACGAAGAGACACGACGAUGUUUUUAGUUCUGAGACUCGUGAGGAGACUAGCGACGGCGUUGUACGGAUGAUGAAUAAUAAUGCUACAGACGCUCAACGUUUUGUGAAGGCCAUCAUGGAGACGAACAUAAUAAGGAGGAGGUAUAAGAAGAAAAAGUUUCGAUCUCUUGCGAGUCUUUACAGGGCAACCAAGGAGAUGACGACGUACGGACUAGUUGAUUUAAUUAGUCGCAGGUGA